UUUGCCACUGCUGGUUAUUCAGCAACAUAAAGGGGACACAUCAUUUCUGCUGAAAUCAGUCUAAAGUGACAAUGACUAUGAAGUUUUUGCUGUGAUCUGUGGAGGUUGCCUGGGCAGUCAGUUUUAACAUUGUCUGAUGUGUGACUUUGUGUUCCUCUCUCCGCAGUGUGACCAGUACAAGAAAGGCAUCAUCUCCGGCUCCUCCUGCAAGGAUCUAUGUGAUGACCACACGCUGGUGUUUCAUCAGUGCCUGUCCUCCUCACCCACACACCAGGUCUACCGGGGGCUGUGGAGGGACCGAGAAGUCAUCAUUAAGUGUGGAGUCGAGGAAAAUUUAAAAGCAGAGAGCAAUCCAGAUGCAUCUCCCCGCAGGGAGCUGGUCCUGUUUGAUAAACCCACCAGAGGAACCUCCAUGGAUGAGUUCAAGGAGAUGCUGCUCAACUUCUUAAAGGCAAAGCUGGGAGAUCAAACAUCCUUGAUGGUUUUGGUCGGACGUAUAUUAGCCAUGGCAGAUGUCAACGGAGACGGGAAAGUUUCUCUGGCAGAAGCCAAAUCCAUCUGGGCGCUACUGCAGCUAAACGAGUUCCUUCUCAUGUUAUCGCUGCAUGAGAAAGAACAUACGUCACAGCUACUGGGGUACUGUGGAGACCUCUACAUUACUGAGAAAAUCCCCCAUGAUUCCCUAUACGGCACUCAGAUCCCCACUUUCCUGCAGACCCUCUUGCCCUCCCCCAUCCACACCAUGGUUCAUCAGUGGUUUGCUCCUGCCUGGCCUAGGAGGGCCAAGAUCGCCAUUGGCAUGCUGGAAUUUGUGGAGGAGAUUUUUCACGGGACAUACGGCAGCUUCUUCGUCUGUGAAACAAGCUUCAAAAAUAUCGGCUACAACGAUAAGUAUGACUUUAAGGUGGUGGACCUGCGGAAGGUGGCCACUGAGAUGACAAUCAAAGACUUCCUCAAAGGCCGGCACUGUGAACAGAACUCGGACUGCACAUAUGGAAGAGACUGUACUGCAGCCUGUGACAAGCUCAUGAAGCAGUGUAAAAACGAUGUCAUUCAGCCGAACCUGGCCAAAGCCUGCAAACUGAUGCAGGACUACCUGCUCUACGGCUCCCCGUCAGACUUGAAAGAGGAGCUGCAGAAGCAGCUGAGGACUUGUAUGACUCUCAGCGGCCUAGCCAGUCAGAUGGAAGUCCACCAUUCACUCAUACUCAACAACCUGAAGACGCUGCUCUGGAAAAAGAUCUCAAACACCAAAUAUUCAUAG